UUCUACCGAUGUAGUUCAAUACUGUAACCUUCUCCCAGUUGAGCAUCUACUGCCCUCUAUUGGCGAGUUUUCCAACCAGUAAAACCCUUAUGUUGCCAUGGCAACGCGUGUUUGCAGGAACGGCGAACGACAUACUGUAUAUAAAAACCAUGCCGCCAAAAAAGAAAGGCACGGGUAAAAAGUCAGCCAAGGUCAAGAGGUCUGCUGCACUUCUAGAUGGACUCACCAAGGACGAGCUGUCCAAGGAGCAGAUGAUUGAUCACAUUGUCAUGCUGCGAGAGGAGCUGGACAGAGAGCGGGAAGAGAGGAAUUACUUCCAGCUGGAGAGGGAUCAGAUCCACUCCUUUUGGGACGUGACCAAGAAGCACCUGGAGGAGGCUGUGGCCCAACUCAGAAAUGAAGAGAAGAAGAUUGAGGAAGAUGAGGGACGCCACCUUGUUGAGAUUAAAGUGUAUACGCAGAAAAUGAAGCACCUGCUGUGUGAGCACCAAAACACCAUGGCUGAGCUGCAAGCAGAUCGUGUAACAACUGCUGAGGCCAUGCACAAAGAGCAAGUCCAGCUGGAGAGGGAGCUUCAUAGGAGGAUAGCGACCACCAGGACCGACAUGCACGGGUUCGACAUCGAAAACCUCGUCAGUGAGCUGGAGCAAAGACACAAUGUAGAAAUGGCCAAAACAAAGAAGAGCUGGGAGGAUCAACUGGCAGAAACGGAGGCCCGCUACAAGGAAAAGCUGGAGCUGUUGCAACAGGAGCUGGACAACAUGAGGAAAAAGGAAAUCAUCGAGCGAGAGGAUCAGUGGAACAGUCACAUCAGCGCUCUGACCAAAGACCACCACAAAAUAUUUGGUGACGCACUCGCGCUCCUCAAUCAAACCAUAGAACGAGAUUUGUAUCGCAAUGAUUCGUUGAAGAAACAAAUAGAAGACUCAAAGAUGAAACAAAAAGAAAAGAAAAAGAAUCUGACUUGUAUUCUACCAGAAAACAAGCGGCUCAACAAACAUCUCCUCGACAUCCAGGAGAAAACUGCUGAACUUCAGCGAAAGAUGAAGCAUCCCAUACGAAAAGAGGAUGCCAAUGCAAGGAUGAAAGAAAAGGAGCUAAGAGAUGAGAAACAGAAAUUAGAGAAAUUGAAGCAGACAUUCAGCGAGCUUCAGCGGGAACGAGACGAGCUGCGCGCAACCUUCAGUCGGGACAUUGAGAAUGCUCAGCGGGAAGAGGAUAAAAAGAACGCAAAGCUGGAAGAGAAAGUGAAGGACAUGAUGGACAGCUUGGAGACAACGGAGGCCAAGAUCUCUGCUGUGCUUUUGGUCUCCAACGUGGACCAAACUGCACUCAAAAGUGUCACAAGCAGUGUCGAGGACAUGAUCGACUCCAGCAAUAAAUCUAUUAGGGAUUUACGACACAAAAUAUCUCAGAUUUCCAAGGCCCGUCAGGAUUUACUGUUCAGGUUUGAGAAAAAGCAAAGAGCUCUCGGUGUCCCUGCGGAGCAACUUUGUGUGACAUAUACCUCAUUUGGGAAUAAAUUUUGGGUAUAUGAGGAGCUUUAAAUCAAAUGACUGAAUCCAGACAGCCGA